AUGCUCGGUCACCCUCCCGCUUCAGACUUUUGGCCCGAUGCCACCUUCCCCGCCUCGCGCUCUGCUUUCGCUGUAGACUCGUGUAAGAGCAAUGUUCAGCUCCCCCGGCCUGCAAGUCACACAGCCAAUCUUUCACAGAAGCCAUCCUUCGAUCUACCUCAGCCAAUCCAGCUGGCUAAAAACACAGUUUCGGGCAGCGGCAGAGCUGCCUACGGUCUGCAUCACAAUUCGACCUGGAACGUAGACAACCAGCCAGUGCGUCGACCAAGCGCUUAUGAUGCGAACGCAUGGCCGCAGGAACUCAAGCGAGCCGCAGCGACUCCUGCUCCCGUUUCUGGCUACAGCCCCUACUCCUUGACAAAUAUGCCUUCCUUGCACCAGCGGUUUACUUCCACAUCCUCCUCGGGCAUCGGCAGCGAGGAUCGUAAUCUGCCAACCUCCGACCAUGGCUCUGAUCUCAGCUCCGACUAUUCGGACCUCUUCCAGCACUCGAGCCUUUCCUUUGCUCCUGUCUGUCAAAGCGAUGCCAGGGAGCAAACCCAGCUCAGCACCCCAUACUCGGAGCCGCAGCAGAGGUGUUUGCCAGACUACGUUAUGGAGGAGCUUAAGCGGCUGAAGCUCGAGAACAUGGCUCUUAAACGCAUGGCACACGAAGUCGUCCGCAGCAACAUUAUCCCCGGCUCAACAGUGCACUGCAUCCACCAUUCAGCUUUGGCGACGACGACGACGACUACUCCCCCUUACCGGCUCCAGCGCGUCUUUGAUGGGGCAGACCCCGUGCAGGUCUACAGCGAUGCGAGUCGCCACAACGUAGCUUCGACGCCAUGCUCAAAGGCGCCAGAACGCGGUGCCGCAGCCUCCAUGUGGGCUCCAGCUCGACAAAAUAGCGCCCCGCUCACGACCGGCGAGACGACCGAGCCUGCUCGCGGAGGCAUCGAACCGUUCAAGGCCAGCGAUGUUUCGGCCGCAGAGCUUAGUCGACGCGUCGCGAUGGACGAGAGCAGCCCAUCUCCCUUUCCGACCUACCACCACUUCGCUGGCACCAGUAGCCCGUUCGACCCGACCCUGCCCAGCCUGGUUCGUCCUCGGACUUCAUCAAAGACCUCGCCUCCUACUUCGCCGGUGCCUGUUUCUCUCGUGACGCCGUCGAAGCUGGAGAAUGCACCCGCCUCCUCGCUCGUUGCCAUGAUUCUCGAAAAGCGUGGACAGGAAGCGAGCCUGCUGCUCCAGCAACAACUCAAGAGCAGACAUCCUGAGCGACGGGCAGAGAUCAUCGACGCCAUUUGCGCAAGCAUUGUUCCACUGUCGCACGAUCGACAUGGCAACUUCCUUGUCCAGGGCGCAAUCGAGGCACGUCCUGAGACGGCCGGGCACCUCAAAGGAGCUUUCGUUGAACUCACCAUGUCUCAAUUCGCAUGCCACGUCGUUCAGAAAGCGCUGGAAGGCGGAGAAGACAUGCGAGAAGCCGUUACGGAAGAGCUGCUCGGCUCUCGGAUCGACCAGACGCUCACGUCGCGACACUCGAUCCACGUCUGGCAGCGCAUCCUCGAGACAGAAUGGAGUCGCCCGCAACUACGCGACCAAAUUUUUGCCGCCAUCAACCGACAGCUCAAGGGACGAUGGGCUCGCACCGCGCGACAGGAGACCGGUAGCAUCAUCUGCCAAAACAUCUUUGAGUCAGCUCAGCCCGACGAAAAGGCGCAGUGUGUUAAGGAGGUGCUCGAGGAGCUGGACGACUGCGCCACGAACCAAUGGGGCGUCUGGGUUGUGCAGCACAUUAUUGAACACGGCGCCGAGGACGAGCGCCGAGCUGCACUUCAGGGGUUGGUUCGCUCCGCCUCCAAGCUGACCCUGUCUCAGUAUGGUCAAAAAGCGGUGAUGAGCGGUCUCAAGACGGGCGACCGGCAGUUCCUCCAGGACUAUGUCGAUGUCAUGUGCCACAGUUCGCAGCCUCGUCGUCCACCUCUGAUUGAUGUCUGCCUCGCAGCGCACGGCAUCCAGAUUGUCACGCAGCUGCUGACGACGGUGGACCAAAAGACGCGCGUUCGCAUCAUUUCGACGGUGCGACGCAACUCGGUUUUCCUCAAGGGCAGUAAGGCGGGGAUGAAGGUGCACCAGCUGUGCGAACGUGCGCGCGCCUUUGCCGGUUACUAA